CGUUAACCCCUAACCAAAGUUCCAGUGAAAACAAGUGUUUUUUUCGGUGAGGGGCCCCCUUUUUAAACCGAUGUUUGGAAGACCAAACAAGGUAACCCCAAACAAAACCGUGCCUCUGAGCAGUUGAGUGGAAAAAGAGUGGCAGCCCGCAGAGUUGACUUACCAAAGGGGGGCUCAGGCACAGCUCCCCAAAGCACCUAGCUAACGUGCUUUCCUUCAUGGCAGUCGCUGGCACAACCCCAGGCUGCUGAUAGGAAAUAGACCCUGAUCAAUAGAGGCCUGCUGUGGUUUCCCACAUUUAUUAAAUCCGAUCCAGGCCAGCUGAUAGUGUGGAGUUAUUUGCAGGGGGCAUGGAGUGACUGAGCCCCUUGAUGCCAGCUUUAAUCCUCCAAGGAGUUCCACCCAAAAACCUGCCCGAGAUGCUGUGCGCCUGCAGUGGAAUUAUCUGGCCGCAUGAAAGUGCCGCCGCUGGUUGAGAAGCAGGCGCGUUGCGGUCCUGCUGAGCAGUCGAGGGGCGCAACAAAGACAGCAUUGGGUGGUGCAGUCUGCGCAAGCAGGACGGUGGCAUUCCUGCUGUUCGGUGAUCGCCGCGAGCGAACGUUUCGCCUCUAAACGACGCAAUUAUCAAUAGGAAGCGACUCGGCAACAGUGUGGUGGAGUCGAGGAUCGCGGCUCGGCGUGUUCCGAACAUUCAGCGUAACUGCGACCGAAAUGACCUCACAUAAAAUUGACGAAUUAAAUCUGACAGUGGUUUUGCCGUCCGAGAACGGCGUUUCGUGGUGAUUUUGUGCGCGAAUGGUGGCUUGGCCCCGAAGAACUCAUGUCAUGGACAAUAACUAAGGGGAUGGCGGAUGGAGAGGCGCCCGAACGCGAACUCGAGCAGCAAAUCCUGCAGAUCAAGAAGCAACACCAGCUGCAGCACCAGAUCCUGCUGCAGCGCUUCCACCAGCAGCAGCAGCACCUUGCUGAGCAGCACGAGCAGCAGCUGCGCCAGCACCUGAAGGAGUUCUGGGACCGGCAGAAGCAGCUGCAGGAGCUGCGCCAGCGAGAGCAACUGGAGGCCCUCAGAAAGAAGGAGAAGCAUGAGGAGAGUGCGGUUGCCUCCACGGAGGUGAAGCAGAAGCUGCAGGACUUUCUGAGGCAGCGCCGCUCAGGCAACUCCAAAAUCGCCCGUCCGGAGAACUCCUGCUGGUCGGAGGGGAUGGAUACAGCGUCGGAUUCUUCGCCAACGAAUAACGAUUUUCCAUUGCGGAAAACAGCCUCCGAGCCUAAUUUGCUCAAAGUGCGGCUCAAGCAGCGCGUUAUGGAGCGGCGCAGCGGCCCGCUGAGCAAACGACUGCCGCCCUCGCUCAAGAAAAAGCUGCUCAGCUCGUGCUUGCCGCCCAGCGACUCGCCCCCUCAAGAGCCCCCCAAGGAGUUGAGUCCACCCUGCGAAGCCGAGGAAUAUCAGCGGCUGCCACUCUUCAGCAGCCCCUCAAUGCCCAACAUUUCGCUGGCAGCCCAUCAUGUUUUUAGCCCGGAUCUGUCGGAGGCGGCCGUGCGGGCGGCCUGUACGGCCCGCCUGGGGAUGCCGCUCACCGGGCAGAUGCUGCCCGGCACCCUGCCCUUCUACCCCUCGCUGCCUGCCAUUGACAGCGAGCACGAAGAAACGCCGCUCGAUACCAUCAGCGAACUGCAGGAGCCUCAAAUCCGGGGCGUGAUCCGGCCGUUGGGCAGGACGCAGUCGUCGCCGCUCCCUCUGGGCCAUCCGCUGCUGCGAGGGCCGCUGCCGCCCGAGCCGGAGCCGCCCCAGCCGCCGCCCGAGGAGCAGGAGCAGCGGGAUCUCGAGCUCAGGCCCAACGAGUCCAGAAGCAUCCGGCCCUUGUCCCGAGCGCUGAGCUCGCCAGUGGUGCACCUGGGGGCCGCCGACGGAAUGCCGGCGUUGACGAGACGGCGGGUUUCUUCGGCGCCCACCACUGGACUGGCGUACGACACGCAAAUGCUGAAACACGCCUGCGCGUGUGGCAACAACAUUAUCCAUCCGGAGCAUGCAGGGCGGCUGCAGAGCAUCUGGUCCCGUUUGCUGGAGACGGGGCUGAUUGCGCGCUGCGACCGGCUGCGGCCCCGCAAGGCCACCACGCAGGAGCUGCAGACGUGCCACUCGGAGACGCAUGCGCUGCUUUAUGGUACCAGUUCGCAGAAUCGGCACAAGGUGGACAUGAGCAAGCUGAGCGCGCUGCCGGUGAGCGCCUUCGUGCGGCUCAAUUGUGGAGGCAUCGGCGUGGACACGGACACCACCUGGAACGAGCACUACACAGCGCCGGCGGCUCGCAUGGCGGUGGGCGGCACUGUCGACCUGGCCGUGCGCACCUGGACGGGCGACAUCCGGAACGGGUUCGCCAUCGUGCGCCCGCCCGGCCACCACGCCGAGCCGCAGCAGGCCAUGGGCUUCUGCUUCUUCAACUCGGUGGCGAUCGCGGCGCGCGUGCUUCAGAAGGAGCACCGCGUCCAGAAGAUUCUGGUCUUCGACUGGGACGUGCACCACGGGAACGGCACUCAGGAGAUUUUCUACGACGACCCGCGCGUGCUGGUGAUCUCGAUGCACCGGCACGACGACGGCAAUUUUUUUCCGGGCACGGGGGGGCCCAACGAGUGCGGCAGCGGCGCCGGCCUGGGCUACAACGUGAACGUGGCCUGGUCGGGCGGCCUGAACCCGCCCCUAGGCGACGCCGAGUACCUGGCGGCGUUCCGCAGCGUCGUGUUUCCCAUCGCCAAAGAGUUCGAUCCGGAUGUCAUCCUGGUGUCGGCCGGCUUCGACGCCACCGACGGCCACAUGCCGCCCCUGGGCGGCUACCGCGUCUCGCCCGCCUGCUUCGGGUUUAUGACGCGGCAGCUGAUGCAGCUGGCGCAUGGGCGCGUCGUGCUGGCGCUCGAGGGCGGCUACGAUCUGACCGCGAUCUGCGACUCGGCCGAGGAGUGUGUGCGCGUGUUGCUGGGCGACACGCCGUCGCCCAUCUCGCCGAUCGAGCUGGCGCGGGCGCCCUGCGGGAACGCCGCCCUGGCCCUGCAGAAGGUGUUCGCCGCCCAGGCCGCCCAUUGGUCCUGCCUGCGGGAGGCGUCCAAGACGGCCAUGUGCUCGUUUGCGGACGCCGCCCGCAGCGAGAAAGAAGACAAGGAGACGAUCACGGCCAUGGCCAGUCUGUCCAUGCAGCAUCAGCAGCACAGUCCGAUGGUGACGUCGCCCAUCGCCAGUUCGCCGCCCGCGUUUUUUGCCGUCAGUCCGCAGGCCGCUGGCCGCCCUCCGGCCUGAAGCGGCCGCCCCUUUCCCGUUAACCUGAACAUUCCCGCAGUCGCUCAGCACAGUGACCGCCAGUCUUACUUUAAGGAACAAAAUCUAUCGCGUGUUUAUUUUUGUUAAAAUAUUGAAAGUUUUUAAUAAACAUUUAUUUACUUUA